AUGGAGCUUCUCCAUCUAUUGACUCAGCUUCUUCGUCAAUAUUUUCAUUUUCAUGUGCCGAAGGCUCUUUAUAAUUUUCCUGCGUAUCUGGAGAAGGUUCUUCAGCGACAUUAUCUAUUGACUCAUCUUCUUCCUCAACAUUUUCCUCUUCUGCAGGUGCAGAAGGUUUUUCAUCCUGUUCUUGCGUAUCUUCUGAUGGCUCUUUAGCGACUUUUUCUAUUGUCUGAGCUUCUUCCUCAACCCUUUCUUCUGCAGGUGCCGAAGGCUCUUUAUCCUUUUCUUCUUCAGAUGUUCCUUGAGGUUCUUCAACGUCUUCUUGUUCAUGUUCUUCGUCGGCAUUUUCCUCUUCUGCAAGUGC